CAGAAGCCAAAUAUUCGAAGCGUAUGUGGUGCAAUAAAAUAUGAUUUCUAUUGGAAAUGUUUGCUGAGUACACUUUUAGUCCAUCUUUGCAUUUGUUAUGCGGUGUGGUGCCAUUUAAACCAUUAUGCUUAUGCGGCUCACCUUACUUUCACAUACUCACAUGGUCCUUGUGCUCAGGGAUAUAAUUUCAUACCAAUUGCAUUUGGUGUCAUGUUAUAUCUUAUCUAUAUAAUGGAGUGUUGGCAUAAUCGCGCGAAAUUCAAUAAAAUCAAAAAGAUUGGAUAUACCGAGGCGAUUGAAUAUAUCGACAAAAUGCGGUGCGCACCACCAAUUGUGUGGUGGAAAAGUAUUUGUUAUCAUUAUGUUAGGCGAACUAGGCAGGUGACCAGGUAUCGCAAUGGUGACGCCAUAACAGCAACUCAAGCCUUUUAUGAACGGGUUAGCUCAUAUACCGCUAAAAAUGUUUUUAUCUACGAUAUAUGUGGUGCUAAGGAUAUUUCUAAAACACUUGUCGAUCUCGACCACUAUCCCGUAACAAAAAUACGAUUUUCGAAAGGCUUUCUUUUCGCUUGUGUGCAAGCUGCAAACGAAUUUGAGGAGCAACGUACUCGAUUUUUAAAUGAAAAUGAAUUAAGGGAUGAUUAUAUGGAAGUUCGUGAAGGUCUUGAUCUUGCUGGAUUGCAAUUUGUCGAUCAAAUGGUUGUUUAUUCCACAUCAAAUCAAAAAUGUCCCUGGUAUUUUUCCGAAAUAGCAUUUUGGUUUUUCAGCAUAAUUUUACUUAGCUGGCCACUGCGAUUGCUUUGUGAACUCCGAACUGCUCACGUUCACUAUCAGAUUAGCAAGCUUUUUGGCACCAAUUAUCUCAGGCUAGUUACUUGCCAUGUUCAUCCAUCAAGCAUUAAUUAUACUGGUUCAAUAGGACGCUCCAAUACGAUAAAUAGUCGAGAUCUUGAAGCUUUGGCUCAACGUGAAAAUUAUUAUGCUAUCCCGAGUUACAGCGAGGCGAUACUCAUGAGUCCAGCAGGCACAGGCCAAAAUAAUUCGAUGGGGUCUCACAAUAUGAUAUCUAGCGGAAAUAUGACUACAACUAAUUAUGGCACAAUAAUUCAUCCCUAUCCGAUCUCUAAUGCUUUGCAAAGUGAUAUCGUACGAAUAGUUAGGCGAAGUAUUACAGAACGUAUUCCGAUAAGAAGCCGCUCUAUGAACCAAAUUUUAUCCAGAUAUUCUGCGAGAGUUGAUCCAUCACGAUCGUCAUCUUCUGUACCUCUUCCACGAACUAUGAAUGGUUCAUCUCGAUCAUUAAGUAUUGGAGAAAUUAAUGCAGCAUGGAGGUCACCAGGGUAUGAAUCCAUCGAGGAAGAGUAUACGGAUGAUCAGAGACCGCUAAUCGCUUCUAUGAGGCCUAUCGAUGAACCUCCUCCAUCUUAUGAAAUGGCGUUGCGAAUGUGCGCACCGAUAUAUGAAAGGUUACGACGGUCGGCAAAUUCAAUAACCUCACGCUUAAGUUCAAUAUCACACUCAAAUAGCAAAGAACUAUCUUUUAGAAGACAACAUAAUGGAUAA